AUGGAAUCAACCUCAAACAACUUCGGCCCUUCAGAAAGGUUGAUUGAGGAAUUUUCUAUUUCAUCAGUCUCCUCAAACCACGACGGGCAAGUAUCUACUUUAGCACAUAACGAUACCGAUACAGCACAGGACACAAAAACUGAAGUUGCCAUCACAUCAGCGGAAGAUACGAUCCCGAAUCACUCACAGUCAAGUGACACUGAGCGUAUACCUCAACAGCAUACUGAUCCAGAUAUAAUUGAAUCUGCUACCAUCGGGGAGUCCCAUAAUGUUUCGCAAGAUAUCAUAAAUGUACCUUUGGCCGAUUCCAAGGAAGGUGGUGCCAGCGCUCCUCAAGAUCAUGAGCUCCAUGGAACAACGAUCACAGAUAGUAUUCAGGAAAAUAACAAAAAUCUUUCCUCAAGAGAAGCACCACAAGAACAUGGGACCAUGAUCACAACGGCAGAGGAUGUUAGAACAAAUUCCGCUUCACAGCAGGAUCAAAACUCAACAGUAUCUGACUCCUACAUAAUUGAUCCAGACGCUGGCAUAAUUACAUGCAUAUGUGGGUUUGAUGAUGAUGACGGGUUCACGAUCCAGUGUGACCACUGUUACAGGUGGCAGCACGCGGCGUGUUACAAUAUCGAAAACCUAGAGGCGGUCCCUGAAAAUUACUUAUGCAAUGUCUGCCAACCGAGAGAUUUGGACGACAAAGUUGCAAAAGAGCUUCAAUUAAAACGCAGAAAUAUUCUCCUACCAGUGACUGGAGAUCUUGAUGAAAAUUUACGAAAGAAGCGGAAAACUGAGACGUCUACUACUCCAGACAAAAACAGGACGAAUAGUACGGAGAGGAAGGAUAUUAAACAAACACCAGAGAGAGCGUCUGCUAACGAAUUUAUACGGCAGAAAGAGCAUCUAGUAAACGCGAAGGAUGCAUAUCCUGCUACAUAUGUACCGUUGAAGAAGUGCACUUAUCGAGACAAUCUACUAGAGUUAUUUCUCAAGAAUCAUCGACACGAUGACUGUGUAAUACCGUAUCCCAAGGCACAGUUUACACCUAUCCCCACGAAAGUCAAGCCAUAUGCCGAUAUUGCAUAUUGCCGAACAUUCCCAGGGUUCAACAAGCUGGGUGUCUUCUUAAAAAAGGACUGUUUGAAGAAUGAUUACAUUUGUGAAAUGGUAGGUGAGGUUGAUUUCAGAAAGAAUUAUGUCAUUGAUUGUAAGAACCAAUACAGUAUUUGGGGAACUCCCAAGGCGAAGGUGAUGUUUCACCCAUCUUGGCCAAUCUACAUCGAUCAAAGAGGAUCGGGCAACUCUUGUAGAUAUUUGAGAAGAAACUGCGACCCGAAUGUCGAGCUAGUCACAAUUCGGCUACCUAAUAAUGACAUCAAAUUUGUUUAUCGGGCGCUAAAUGAUAUCGAGGAAGGCGAAGAGCUAUUUGUCAAGUGGCAAUGGGAUAAAAACCAUCCAAUUUUGCAAAUGACAGAAGAUAUUUCCAAGUUCGAAAAGAUGGACGAUAAGACAAAAUACGUUCUUAUUCAAUCAGUCGAUGUCAUACUCUCUAGCUGCGACUGUGGUUGCGGAAACAACAAUAAAGAGUGUCCCUUAUCAAAGGCUAAGAAAUGUAUAAAUGGCUUACUGAAAACUGUAAGGAGUAGAAUGAACAACAAAUACAAACUGAAUGAGGUGUUAAGCAGUCUUCAAACUUCAAGAAAAAAGAGACAACCGCCUAUUCUUACAAGGUUGUUGCUUGAAGCAGAAACGAACCAAAAGAAAAACAUAAUCUAUUUGGUGAAUUCUUCAAUGGCAUUCAAGGGUCACAAUCGAGCCUCAUGGUCAGGUUUAUCAACCGAGAAUCUGAUACCAGAAUCUGAUAACAGCAGGGGAGAGUCUGCUUUGGAAGCCAAUAAAUUAACAGACUCGGUCCCCUUCAGACUGAAGCCGUUAAAGAGCCAUCACUCUACCGAAAAAAAGCGCAAAUUUUUUGAAAUAGGACUGAACUAUAACGAGAGUGACAUUACAGAUUUGGAUAAGCUGGCGGUGCCGAUUGAUAUUCCUAUUGACACACUUGAUGAUGGUACAGUAACCGCAAACAGCAACAUACCUGAAUCGGCAUCUCCCCACACAACGACAAUUCAAAUGCGUCGGAAAAGCAGCGAAGGUACACUGGAUGGUCAACACGCCCAUAACACACAGACUGCCUCAGCUACUGAAACUAAUGAAGUAGCCGCUCCAUUUUCUAUUCCUGUUUCAACAACACCAAUGUCGGAAGCUGUUUCCAAGUCUAAAAAGAAACUAAGUUUUGCAGACUAUAAGAAGAAGUUGAAUAAGUAA